UGCUUCGCAUUGGAACUACUUCGCUAAAAGUGAUUUAAGUUUAGAAUGCGCAUGCAACGCCUUCCCCUCGAGGUGAUUGGCCUUGCGGUGCUCUUGUUACCCGUGGGUCAAACAUGGGCUGCCAGAAUACUACUUGUAAAUCCCUACGAUAUGCAUUCGCAGUGCAGUCUUUUGACACCAUUUUUGCAGGCACUGAGGGAUCGUGGUCAUGAAUUGACUUUAAUACACGCGUUUGCAAAUUGUCCAAUCACAAAACAGUUACACUCCAUACACGUAAAAGAUCAAUAUGAAACGGCGCAGGAACUGAAUUACGAUGACGACUGGGCCAUAACCAAAUGGAGUGAAGUGAACUCUAUACGCAACUUUUUUAGUGAAAGUCUGUCUGAAUGUGCUAGUCAAUGCAGAGGUUCAGAAUCUAAUGCGCGCCAACAUUAGCUAUGAUUUAUUUGUGAUAGAGCCAUCCAAUACAGACGCACUCUUCGGCUUGGCAGCACAUUUCAAUGCCACCUUGAUGGGCCUUGCAACGUGGGGUGGUGAUUGGAACUUGGAUUCUUUGGUGGGACACUCGGCUGCAUCGACAUUUGAACCUAUUAUGCCAAUUGGUUUUAAACGUAGCCUUACACUUUUGGACCGCUUUUACAAUUGGAUGCUUAUAUCUGAGGAAUGGCUUUUGCACAAGCUCAUUUUUCUUCCAGGACUGCGUGCAGUGCAUGAUCACUUCUUUGGUCAUCUAACACAGAGUUUUGAGGAUAUACGUCAGAACUUUUCGCUGAUAUUGUUGAACCAGCACUUCAGCCUAUUCGAUUCCCGUCCAAAUGUGCCUAGCCUCAUUGAAGUUGGUGGAAUGCAUGUGCCCAAGAAGCGGCCUGAGUUGCCACCUGAUCUCGCUAAGUUUGUUGAAGACUCCCCACAUGGUGUAAUCUUGAUGUCCCUCGGCACGGAAUUACGCAGCAGCGAUUUACCAAUGGAAACCUUGUCCAUAAUAUUGAAUACUUUUGAGACAUUGCCGCAACGGAUAAUUUGGAAAUUUGAAGGCGACAAACGACCAAAUACAAGUGCGAAUAUCUACAUGGACGAGUGGCUGCCUUUGCAAGCAUUAUUGGCACACCCAAAUGUACGACUAUUUAUCAGUCAUGGAGGAAUGCUGGGAACUUUAGAAGCAGCAUAUUAUGGCAAACCAGUCUUGGGCAUGCCAUUAUUUUUUGAUCAGAUCCGUAAUGUGGAGCGAAUGAAGGAAGCAGGUGUAGCCAUAAUGAUGGACACUCUUGAAAUGACAAGGAAUGAUUUUGAAUCAGCUAUUAAACAAUUGCUUGAUCAUCCUAAGUAUUGGCAUAAUGCUCAGACAUUAUCACAAAGGUUUCGGGACCAGCCAAUGCAUCCACUGGACACGGCUGUGUAUUGGACUGAAUAUAUUGUGCGCCAUAGAGGUGCUCCAUAUAUGAGAGUGUCUCCUUCCAAUAUGAAGAUUAUGGAUUACUAUUCCGUAGACAGUUUGUUUCUGAUAUUUGCACGUCUAAGUUUCAUUAUUGGCAUCAUGAUAUAUGUGAUUCUCAAAUUGUUGCAGUGCCGUGAAAAAUUUGUUCUUCUCUAUAUUUCAAUUUGCAGACUAUUAACUGGAAACGUAUAAUUAGGAAGUUGAUGAAUUUACCAUUAUAGUUACUCUUCAAUUCUCUUAUCUAAUCUUGUGUAUGAUAAUUACCAAUUAAUUUUAGUAGAAUAUCCAUAAUUGUACAUAAAAAUACGCAAAAUGAGUACUACAACUCGGUUUAUUUGCUAAUCUUAUCGGACUCUUUGUUUUCAAUUCUUUUCUGGCAACCGACUUAAUUGAGAUUGUAAAU